GGGAAAGCAAGAUGGCGCCCAUGUCGCAGGAAGACAUCGAAUGGUUUAAAUCAACAUUCCAUCCAAUCCCGAAACCCGAGCUCCCGGAAGAUUGUGUGGAGUACUCUCUCUACUGUAUUUCCGGGGAUGCUACACCAGGUUCCGAGGAUGAGCCAGUGGCGUCCCGUGCCGCAUUGAGCAAAGUCCAAAAGGCAGCAUCUGAGUUAGUCAAGGAAUACUUGAGGGAUUAUAUAUGGCAGCGCGAAGGAUUUAAGCUUGAGCAAAUCAAGGAAGAUGGGGUUAACCUGCUUCGCGGACGUACCGAGUACGGCGAUUCUAUUGAGGACGAAUGGGUCAUUGUAUUCCUCCUGCGCGAGUUGACACGCAAGUUCCAUAAUCUCUGGGUGAAGGUAACCGAUAACGAUGGCGAAUUCUUGCUCGUAGAAGCUGCAGCGUCAUUGCCGCCGUGGCUUGAGGAUCCCGGCAUAGCAAGCAAUAGGGUAUGGAUUCAUAGAGGGGAAUUGGUUAUUAUUGGGCCGCCAACGACAGCGAGGGCCGUAGGAAAGAAACUCACUGAAAAAUUGGCUUUUCGCGAUGCGAGGAAGAUCAUUCUUAACGAACCUACCAGGCUUAUGCGGUCUCCAACAAUUGAAGAAGAAGCAUUCUACCGCCUACGAAACUAUCCAGAUCAAAUAACCAAGAAUAUGCAUUCAUCUUUGGCCACCGUUCCCCGUACCAUCGCCCACCUUCUGCAUAUGAAAGCUGCCUAUGUCUCUCCGGCUGUCGAAGCAUUUUAUAUCCGCGAUCCGAUAUCUCUACGAGUGUUGCAAUCUAAUGACCAACGGCCGCUCUUCUUUGAUCCAACCGACCUUGUCACCGUAAGCGUUAGAUUCACCAAAACCGGAUUUGCGCAGCUGAAAAGCCAGGACUUCGAUCCACCCAAGCAAUGGAAGCCGAAGUUACUAUUUGACCCAGAGUCUAAAGAGUAUAGCCGUGCUGAAGUUGGGAUGAAAUUAACAUGUGGAUUUGAGAUGCUAUUGUUCGACCCACAGAAUCAAGACAAACCUGUGGUCAGAGAGAUCAAAUUAGUUCUUGAAGAUAUCGAGGCCGGUGAUGACAAGCUUCCAAGUGAUGAGGAGAUCGCAGAAAAAUGGGAUAGGCGAGAGGACGAUGAAUCAUGGCUGGAUAUCAAUUAUGAAGACUUGGAAAGCGAGUUGAAAGGAAGGAAAGAGGCCGGUGAUAACAUUAAGAUGGGCGACUUCGGUGAUAAGACAGCCCAAGAAAAUCUACAAAGGAUAGUUGCUCAGUUUGAAAAGUUCUUGAACGAUGAUAGUGCCGGUUUUGAAGGGGCGGAUUUUUUCAGUGAAUCGGAUGAUAGCGAGAUUGAUGAGGAAGAGUUGAGUAGCGAUGGUGAAGAUAAGGAAGCAUCGUUCGAUGAGGAGGAGUUUUCAAGAAUGAUGCGAGAAAUGAUGGGGUUGCCGUCUACGAGCUCAGGAAUGACUGCUGGCCCCCGAAGAGAUGCACGAGUAGAGGAGCUGGAAUCUAGCGAUGAGGAGAAUGAGAAGGAGGCUUCUAAACAAAGCUCAAGGCCACCGCAGCAAACGAAACCAAUUCUAAAGGAAUCUGAAAUCAUGGAUUCAAAUCGGAAACUAAGAGAGGAAUUACAAAACAUACGGCAGGGAUUGUCACAAGAGGAGUUGGAUUUUAGUGAUGAAGAGGUGGAGAUAGAGAGAAACAAACAUGGCCAUGACGACGAUGGUGAAGAUAAUGACGAAGAACUCGAAGAGAUUCAGGAACUCUCCAGGCAAAUGGAAGCUGAAUUGAAGAAAGCCGGGGUUCUGGACCCAAACCGGGUGUUGAGAGAGGAGUCAAAACGCAAAAACCGAUCACUCAAGGGGAAAGCCCCCAUCCGGAACAUAGAAGACGCCGACACCACCGAUGACGACGAUCACGGUGACUCUGAUGUCGACGUGAAUCUAGCCAGGAAUCUCCUUGAGAGUUUGCGUAGCCAGGGCGGUGCAGCGGGCCCUGGAAGUAAUCUACUAGGAAUGAUGGGUAUGAAGAUGCCCAAAGAUGACCGUGGGCAAUAA